GCCUCAAGGGGUGCUGGUUUGAUCAUGCGUUUCACUUGGAGAUGAGAGGUAGAGACUCAACAUGUGUUUUCCUUUCAGAGAGGACAAUGAUACGAACAUGAUCAGCGCCGAUGGCUUCUCAAAAUGCGAGGCGACUCUGCAAGAGAGAGGCGGGAGGAGGAGGCCACCUGCAGAGAUGCUCCAUCUGCUGUCAGCUGUGAUUGUCUGGCUGGUGACUGGGACCACCAUCUCCAGCCUCAACAAAUGGAUCUUUGCUGUUUACAACUUCAGGUACCCUCUGCUGCUGUCAGCUCUGCACAUGCUGACAGCCAUAGUGGUGGACUAUGGGCUGAUCAAGCUGCAGGUGAUCCGCCACAGAGGGGUUGAGGAGCAGCACCUGACCCACAGUGCUAAAUGUAAGGUGUUCCUGUUAAGUCUGACUUUCUGUGCAAGCAUUGCUUUUGGGAACAUGGGUCUGAACUGUGUCCAGCUGUCCUUUGCACAAAUGAUCUACACCACCACUCCGCUCUUUACUUUGGCCAUCUCCACGCUGAUCCUGGGCAAGCAACAUCACAUCCUCAAAUACACAGCCAUGAUGCCCAUCUGCCUGGGAGCCUCCUUCAGCAUCAUGGGAGAGGUCCAGUAUGAUCAGACCGGCUGCAUCUUUGUGUUUGCAGCGACCAUGCUGAGGGGUGUCAAGUCCAUUCAGCAGAGCAUCUUACUUCAGGAGGAGAAAAUCAACUCUGUGUUCCUGCUCUACAUGAUGUCCAUUCCCAGCUUCUGCAUCCUGGCCGUGGCAGCUCUGGCCUUAGAGAACUGGGCUAUGCUGGAGUCGCCGUUCCACUACGACCGCCACCUGUGGGUCUUCAUCCUGCUCAGCUGCCUGGGCUCAGUCAUGUACAACCUAGCCAGCUGCUGCGUCAUCACGCUCACCUCAGCCGUCACUCUGCAUAUCCUCGGCAACCUGAGCGUGGUGGGAAACCUGCUGUUGUCUCAGCUGCUGUUCGGCAGCGAGUUGUCCGCCCUCAGCUGCGCCGGCGCCGUGCUGACAUUGUCCGGCAUGCUCAUCUAUCAGAACUCGGAGUUUAUCGUCAGCUACCUGGACGCGCGCAGGGCCAAAGCUGAAAAGGAUUUUCACGCUGCAAGUGGAGAGGACAAAGCUAGUGCAUCUGAACCAACAUAUCAUCAUCAGCAGAGAACGGAGGGGAAACAGGAAGACAAGAUAGACUGAACUGAAAGGAUGAAGGAGAGAAUAAAAUGCGUGGAUAAAAGGAAGAGAACACUGGCGUGUCGUAGUGUGUCAGUGAGGUGAAGAGCAGCGGAGGGAGUGUGACCUUAUAUGGCCAUCAUCACUGAUGAUGUGAUCUUUUUUAGUAUUUUUUUUUUAACUCCCUCACUAAAUCUCCCCUGGUCACACAGAAAGUAGAGUCUGCAGAGAGGGAAAAGGUUGCCUUUAUGUGUCGCGAUGAUAGUUGGAUUCUCUCCUUCAUCUGUAAAUCACUCAUACAUAGCCUAUAGCGGUAUAUGCAUGCACGAGCACACUAAACUGUUUGAUACCUCAUGAGGUAUUCACACUGUCACUCAUACUACACUGUGAAAACGUUCUCAUUGACAGAGGGCUCUAAUCGAUAUUUUUUGGGUGGCUGUCGUGGAUAUUUGCAGGCUGCAGAAAGCCUUGUGUGAGGCUUAGAGAGCACUCCGCCUCAAAUCUGAACGGGCACAAUUUGUAUAAAAAGUAUAUACUAAUGGUACUGUUACCUGACACUCACCUGGCCCUGUCAUGGUAAGGGACUGGGUUUUUGGCAGCUUCUUUUUUGUUAGUAUGUGAAGCUUGUUAAAUAAGGACGCUAAAUCUUUAAUUUAGAGGCAGACGUUACAAUGAGACUCCUCUUAUCCUCUACCGAAGCACACUCUUAAAUAAGAGGCUCCAUGUUUUGUCCUCCCUUACGAACCUCAGUGUGGCUUCCCACUUAAGGCCUAGAUUUUGUUCUCAGGCAGUCUCUGUAGAAUUAGUCCAAUUAUUUCCAUCUUUUACGACAUCGCAGCUCGCCUCGAUAAUUAGGUUCACAAGUUCUCUAAGGAAUGUCACUCAACUUUAGCUGUCUUUUCCCUGCGGAAGAGAUGAGGAAAAAAGAUUGAGAUGUCUUUUAAGGUCGCUUCUUAAAUCCCAACCAAUGUCAUCUGUUAGGUUUAAUUUUUAAACAAAGUUGGUCACCAGCAGGGUCUGAAAUUAACAUUUUUUCUCUGAAUGCCACUGUGGCAGGCAAGUAAAGCCUACCACUCAGAAAUUUGAUCUGCAACUUUUGAAAUCUAUGCGCUAAAAUUAAGGAAUAACAUUUUAGAUCUGAUGUCAAUGUUCGAUAUAUUUUACAU